UUCCAUUUUGCAUGUUAUUGUUUCUUUAUAGACCAGAAGACACACCUGUUGGAAUGAGUGCUUCAGGACUAGUUUCUAUAGUACACUUCCAGCCAAUUGUAGCAAUGAAGAAUCCUUUCUUAGCUGUAAAAAUGACUGUACAGAAUUCACAGAAGUCAAUGCAUUGAUCAGGCAGAAGAGACAAGAACUGGAAUUGUCCUUUUCAUCGAUGCUUGCUAGAGUUGAAAGAAUUCCUUUAGUGUCUUAUGGAGCUGAAGCUGAGACCUUUCUUCUCACUUCUACUGCAGUGGCAGGGACAGUUCUUCCAACAAAUAUCAGGCCUUUGGAAAACUUUGAAUCUUUAGGGAAAGGAUAUGCUGUUGCAUGUGCCCAAGAAGGAGAAGAGAAAAAGCAAGCAUCAGGUUCAUCCGGCACUAGGGGAGGUAGAAGGAAGUCUGUUAAUACUACUCCUAGAAGAAGGUCUGCACGGAACACCAAAAACGAAACUCUGAGUCAGUCUCGGAACUCACCUCGGUCAAGCAGUUCUGGGUGCAGUGCCCCUGAUGGCAGUAAUCCACCUCUGAAUAAAUCCUUUUCAGAAUCAGAGAAUGUUCUUCCAAAACGAAAAACAAAAAGAAUCGGUAAACAACGAACACCUCUGGCUAAAAAGAAACUGAGAAGUUCUGCACGUUCUGAAAAAUCAUCCAGUGAUUCAGCGGAUGAUGACGAUGAUGACGAUGCUGAGUCUGAAGCAGUUCUUACAGUAGAUAAAGACCAGCAGUCAGAUCACGAAAGCAGUAGUGCAAACCUUCCACAGAAAAAUGAUGCAGAAACAGAAUCUGCUAAUGGAUUAGAAAGCUGUAAUGAACAUGCAGAGAUUGAGGAAACUACAGGAGAAUGUGAGGAAGAUACUUCAGGCAAUGGAGAUGUAAGCUUUUCUGUCCAGGAAUCUACAGUAUUGACUUUAGGAGGAGAAAGUCAGGAAUUUGAAAUAAAAGAUCUUAAUGAAAAAACCAUAGAACUUGAGAAUCAGGACGCCUGUAAAAAUAAUCUUGAACAAAUUGAAACAGCGACUAGUCCCAGAGAUAAACUGUGUGCAACAUUUGAAAAUUUACAUGAGACGUUGUGUAGUCCUCGGGAAGAAUUAAUUGAGAAUAUAAAUACAAAAAUACAUGAACCAAUAACUAGUCCAGAAAACGAAUUACUGGAACAUCCAGAGCCUUUGGAGCAAGAUCAGCCAUUAGAGAGCCCCAGAAGCAAAUUGCAUGACCAUACAGAAACCAUAGAAGUCGAUGAUGCUAAGGCAGAGGAAAAGGCAGUAGUGGACUGUGCAAGUACAAAUACUCAAAACUUUAGAAGUGAUAAAGACAAGGAACUAGACAGUAAUACUUCUACAGAUGCAUCAGAGCAAGCCUUAAAAAAAAGCCCCAUGCCGGAGGGUGAAGAGAACAGAACUUCGGAGUCACUGACGAUAAAUACUGAACAUAAGCAUUUUGGUGAGGAUAACAAUGAAAUGAUACCAAUGGAUUGUGACUCAUUUUGCAGCGACCAGAAUGAACCUCAGAUUGAACAGUUGCCACCAGCUGAAAGUAUAGAGCAGGGAAAAAUGGACUCCUUACAGUGUGACGCAGCAAACUCUGCAUCAGUUUCAGGAUUGUCUGAUGAAAAAGAUGAAACUGUUCACCAAGAAGGAGAGUGUCAGUCAGAACCCAAAAAAGAAAAAAAGACUCGAACAAGACGGUCUCGAUUUCAUUCUCCAUCGACAACUUGGUCUCCUUCUAGGAAAGACAGCAGGAAAUCUCAGUCACCAUCACCUAAAAGGGAGAUGACCAGGGAGAGGAGUUCCCGAUCACCCAAGAAAGAAACUGUUGGGGAGGGAAGGAGAUCCUUAUCUCAGUCUCCAAAAAGAGAGACACUCAAAGAUGAGAGAAAAACACCAUCUCGAUCUCCCAAGAGGGAAACUGUCAGGGAAAGCAGGAGGUCAUCUUCUCGGUCAAGGACAAGGGAUUCAUCUCCAAGACAAAAGUCUAGAUCUCGGAGCAGUGAUAGAGAUUGUCAGAGAAGGGAUCGUGACAGAGAGAGAAGAAAUAGAAGAUGGUCCAGGUCCCGGUCCAGGUCCCGGUCACGAUCUAGGUCAAGAUCACAAUCAAGGACGAGAAAUAAAGGCUCUUCAUUCUCUAGAAAUGAGAGGGAUGGUCAUUCACCUCGUUGGAAAGACAGAUGGGCAAAUGACAGCUGGAGGAGUCCCAGAGGGAAUGAUCGAUACAGAAGAAGUGAUCAAGAGAAACAGAAUGAAAGUCUAAAGGAGAAGGACAGUAUGGAAAAAAACAGCGAUACUCAGUGUUCUCCAGACAAGCGGAGGAAUGAUUGUCCAGACUGGGUAAUGGAAAGGAUAAACUCCAUUCCGGAGGUCAAGAACAGAGACAGACCUCAUUGGGAAGACAGCAGACAUGAUAAUUCAGGACAGUGUUGGAAUAAAAACUUUGGUUCAGGUUGGUUUCCAAACAGGGGGAGAGGUCAUCGUGGCAGAGGUGGGCGUGGAAGAGGUGGUUUCGCAUAUGGAGACCAGAGUGAAAAUCACUGGCAGAGUAGAAAACCUCUCUCAGGGAACUCAAAUGGUUCUGGGAAUGAAGCUACAAGGUUCUCAGAGCAGCAGCCGUACAAGCGUAAGAAUGAACAGGAUUCUUUUGAUACGCCUGCUGAUAGAUCUGGGUGGACAUCUGCAUCCAGCUGGGCUGUAAGAAAGACUUUACCUGCUGAUGUGCAGAAUUAUUACUCAAGAAGAGGACGAAACUCAUCAAGCCCACAAUCUGGAUGGGGAACUAGACAAGAAGAAGAGACACUUGAACAAGAUCCAAACCUCAAAGACCAAGGCAACCAGCAAAGUGAUGGUUCUCAGUUACCAGUAAAUAUGAUGCAGCAACAGAUGAAUGUAAUGCCGCAAGUGAAUGCACAACACCAGCCUAUGAAUAUGUUUCCAUAUCCCGUGGGUGUCCCUCCUCCUAUGAUGAAUAUGCAACGAAAUCCUUUUAACAUCCCCCCUCCAGUGCCCAUCCAUCUCCAUACCGGAGUGCCUCUCAUACAGGUAGCUGCUCCCACAAAUUUGUCUCAGGGAUUACCUCCGCCUCCACCUCCACCCCCACCAUCUCAACAAGUCAACUACAUUGCUUCACAGCAAGAUGGAAAACAAUUGCAGGGUAUUCCAAAUGCUGCUCAUGUAAGUAAUAACAUGAGCACUCCAGCCUUGCCUGCUCCAGCAGCAGUCCUGGGAAAUGUGGGAACUGUUCAGGGACCAACUUCUGGCAAUGCGACGUCAUCGAGUCACAGCAAGGGCUCUAAUGCAACUGUAAAAUUGGGAGAAAACAAAGCAAGUGUAACGGUGGAAGCCAGUGCAGAUAGCUCAAAGAAGGACCAGAAAUUGCUAAUUCAAGAAAAAGCAGCACAAGAAGUCAAACUAGCUAUUAAACCUUUCUACCAAAAUAAAGACAUCACUAAGGAAGAAUAUAAAGAAAUUGUGCGGAAAGCUGUAGAUAAAGUUUGUCAUAGCAAGAGCGGAGAAGUUAAUUCAGCAAAAGUGGCCAAUCUAGUGAGAGCAUAUGUAGACAAAUACAAACACUCACGGAAAAAGAACGCGGAAGAGGCUGUCUCCUGUGAAAGGAAAUAAUGUCGUUUCAGUUUUUAAUUUUAUUCUCUCUGCAAAGUGCAAUUUCAUCAUGAACCGUUAGCUGAAAAUUGUACACGGCCGUGCUUUGAAUCUGGUUUUGAUAAAAUUAUUUUUCAAUGUAGUAUAUAAUGUUUUGUUCUAAUGAAAUACAGAGCUGCAGGGCGACUUCUUUAUUCCUUUUUAAGAGCAGAUGUCUGAAAAAGGAAAAAGUGUAAAGAAGAAUCAUUAGGAAUGUAUGAUUGUGUGGAUACGUAGAUGUACAGCAUUUUGACUUGAAUGGCAGUGCAUUAAAUUAGAAAUUUGUCUGAAUACGUUGAUUUUUGGAGCAGGUAUGUACAGUACAUCUAAUUGGUCAGAUGAAGGGGGAAUUUUUUGUUUUGAUUUCUCGAUGAUAGCAAAGAUGAAAUAAUGUAUUGCCUUGACAGAUACUUUGAGCGCUAACUGGACAGGCUGACCACAGGGCUCACAGCGUGUAUAUAGAAAGCACAUGGAGUUGUCUGAACAGAAGAACUGUUUAGAUUUUAAAAAGAAAAAUCAUGAACAGUAGAACUCAGUGCCCCAACUCAAGGGCACUGCCUAUCUGUUGUAACACCAAAUAAAAGUUAUGCUGCUUGGUUUUGUUUGUGAAGUUUUUCCAUUUGUUGCAAGGUAGUGGGAUGAACUUGAUGAAUUUUUGUGCUGAAUGCCUUCAAUCACCACACACCAACAACCUUAGCUCAUGCCUAAUCCUGCCCUCAGCUAGCACAGCAACAGGGAGCUUCUGUUCUGGAGCUGGAGGUUCAAGCACACCAACUCCUUGUUUCUUCAGGCAAGACCAAGAAAAGUUGCGGUUGGUUCCUAGGCUUCUGACUCAUCAGAGACUGCCAGGUGUACCAACCCGAGCUGUGCACUGCUUCCCUUUGUUACCUAGGGCCUGGAGCAUGGAGCACCACUGGAAGUGCACCAUCUUAAGUGCACUGGCUUUUAUACUUCCCUAAGCACUUUCUCUAGAGAGGUCAGUGGAGGUACCAUAGGCAUUCUGAAAGCGGCGGGUCAUAAAAUGUGCUAAAAGAAUGCUUUCACCUAAUGAAGAGCACACAUAACUAAUAGUGCAGCAGUGAGGGUUGCUGGGACGAAUACAGGCUCCUUUUGAGGAAGACAGCUUUGGACUCCUUCCAGAUUUGAGCAGGGAAGAAGUGUUUCUCUGAGCUUCACUCUGAGAUAGAAACGCUUUCCUCGGGAGAGGUGCUGCUACCACCCCAGUGCUGCCCUCGGGCCGGGCUCUAUCGCCUUAGUGGGGGCUGUUUCACCAGCAAACAGUGCAGACAAAGCAUCAGCUGAUGUUUCUGAUAGAUUGUCUUCGUAGCCAGAAGUUCCCCAAAUUACCUUUUUUUAACAGAAAGCUCAUCCUUACCCUCUAAGUAACUUCUGCAGAUGCCUGAAGAUGAACUAAGAGAGAUACAGCUGUAAAAAAAAAAAAAAAAAAAAAAAGUAAAGUGAUGUUUAUCACUUAAUUAUAACUUUCUACAGACUUAAUGAAGCUUUUGACUGUCUAUAUUUAUUUUUGUGUGCCUAAAUAAAAAUACUAUGUAAAUUAGAAAGUGAUAUAAUACAUUUUUCUACAGUCAAGCCGGGUUUUAGAUUUUUCAAAAGACUCAGUUUUACACUGUGGUAGCAAUUUGUAUGAGCUCUUGAGCUAUUUGAAGCUAAAAUGGGUUAGCACUUUUGAGAAAUGUAGCAAAUUAUUGCUAUGUCAGUCCUGGUUUAUCACGCCACGCGUACUUAUUUUUAUUACAUUUUACUUCUUUGGAUUUUGGGAAUUUUAAUGACUUUUUGUAUCUUUAUACAGUCGAGCUUUGCUAUAGAGCUCCUUUCAGGAGCCAUGUAAAUGUGUCUUUUUUUUCUUAUAAAGGAGAGGUGGAAAUUGCGGGGGGAGGAAUGAUGGAGGACCUGAGCUGGGGACGUGGGGUCACUGAUCCCGUUUUGCAGCUCCUGUUGGGCUGUGAGCUGCACGCGCUGCCAUCUUGGUGGGCUGGUGGCUAUAGUGAUGCUCCACUGUAUUUCAGCAUGAAGAAUAUGGGAUAGAUUGGAACGUGAUCAGGAACUUUACUUUGUACAAUAGAAUAUUUCAGAACUUGACAGAAAAAAAAAUAUGCAAUUCAUUGCAAUUUCUAUGCUGAACUUAAAAAAAUAUUGCCUUAAUACAUAGACUUUCCUAUUUUUCCCAAGAAGCAGUACGGUCUCUGUUGAUGUGACUGCCCAUGAAGGCAUGUACGUUAACCUUGUAGUCAUGUUUCUGUUAAAAUGGUAUGAGAGCUGUAUUUCUAUUUAUUGAAAGCCUUGUACUGAACUCCUGCAUGCACUAAUACUGAAGGUGAGGGCUGGGAGCACGGAGCCCAGCCCUGCCCUCUGGAAUAUCCAGAACUCAUUCGGUCCAGAUUGCCAUGAGGAAAAUAAUUACAGAACUGUACUUUCUGAGAACUCAGGCAAAUCGGGAGGGUUUUCCCUCCACUCCUCUCACUGUCUCACUGUGCAUGCUGCUUGAAUGUCUCAUCCUGAAGAUGUAUCCUAGGAGCACAGUGGCUGUCCGGAGUUACUGUACGGUGUUUGUAGCAUGAGGCUGGAGUGCUGUCUACUGAAAAAAAAAUAACUAGUUUUGUGUAGUGCUUAACAUUUUCUAAUAAAUUCUUUUCAUU